UUUUCUGUCGUUUGUUGCCAUAUGACGUGAGUCUUUAAAGAAUAUAGCUGCAGAGGCGUUUGUUUUCCAGCAAUGGCUUCAGCAAAACCAUAUAUUGGUUGUAAAAUAUGGCUGAUCUCAAAAGCCCAAAAUCGUUAUGAGGGGAUUCUGUAUACAAUUGAUAAAAUAGAUUCUACAGUAGUUUUGGCUAAAGUUAGGUGUUUUGGAACAGAGGGAAGGCCCACCGAUAGACCGUCACCUCCAAAAAGUGAACUCUAUGAGUACAUCACUUUCCGGGGAAGUGAUAUCAAGGAUAUUGCACUCUGUGAACCCGCAGUGUAUCAUCACUCAAGCCUUGUGUCAGAUCCUGCAAUAAUUCAUUCUUCUAGUGCAAUCUCUUCAAAUGUCUGUUCAACACUUGGACCUCUCAGCCCCAUGAAGAUGCCAGCAUAUAAUCAGCUUGCAGCCAGCUCUUUACUGAACCAUCAAUAUGCUUCAGCCAUUGGGCCUUUGCUUCAAGACAUGCAUUUCAGGCGAGGCCCCAUGGUUGAAAAGGCUGUUCAGACCAUCCAGAUGGAAAACUCCAGACCAGUGAGGGGUUUGGCUUCAUCCCAGGAACAGCAGUGGGACAGGAGGCAGCUUCAGAGGCCAAGAUACGACACUUACCAGAAUCAAAGAGAUGUUGAUGUCAAAAUGAGGUCAGGCCCAGCUUUUACAACUUCAAAGCAGGAAACGCUGCAUCAGAAUAUUGAAAACAGGCCGCCACCCAGAAGAAGGCAAGGAACAAGAAGGCGCAGGAGCCAUGGUCGAGGCCAGCUAAUGAUGAAUAACGUUCCGUCUCCUGUCCUUCAGUUUGACACAGACUUUGAUUUUGAUUCCUCAAAUGCACAGUUCAUAAAGGAAGAGCUGGAGAGGGAAAAAAUGAGCACAAGGGAUGGAAGUCAUGAACUACACAGAAACGCUAAAGAAGGGAUGCAUGUAUCCGCAGAGGACGAUCAUUUGGGGCCAAAACGAUACUACGACAAAUCAAAGUCAUUCUUUGAUAACAUACCAUCUGAUAAUGGGCUUAGGUUAACGUGGGCAGAGGAGCGCAAGCGCAAUCUGGAGACAUUUGGGGUCCCUGGUCAGUUCUUUAGGGGCCAGAGCAUUAGAGGUGGAUUUGGUGGAAGAAGAGAGCAAGGCUCUUCUCAGACUUCAACCAACACCCGGGGUGGGCAUCCUUAACGAUUAAUAGCUAAAUUUAACCCACUGUCUGUGGAUAUAUGACGUUUUGUGCACUUUUUUUCUCUUUUGUUGUUUGUAAUAGAAAAUAUUCUCUUGACUUUUUCAAUUUAAAUAUAUUCUCUUGGGGAAACAUUAUCUUUUUUCAUAUGCGACUUUGUGUUAAAACUGCUUCCUUAAAUAUCAAUUCAUGUUCUUUGAAACUGCCUAUAAAUGUAUGUAAAUGAUAAAUGUGUUUCAUUAUUUUUUAUACAAAUUUCCUGUUAGAAAAAAGGAAUGAACAUAAUUUGAUUCAAAACUUCCCUAAAAUGGGUUUAAUUUCA